GAACUUUAUCAGAACAGAUACCUAUAUAAGACAUCGUGUCUUCACUUUGUUUCUCACAGUAAUCCCAACCGGCCGUACUAUGAUGUCGCUUGCCUUGUUUAUAUUUAUACUAUCAAUUACUUGUAAUGAUGCGGCUAGAAUUCUGGCAGUGUUUCCAGUUCCGUCUAUCAGUCAUCAAGUAGUGUUCCGACCUCUUACUCAAGAACUUGCCAGGCGAGGACAUGAAGUCACGGUCAUCACACCAGAUCCUGUCUUCACAAAUGGAGGAGCACCAGCUAAUCUUACAGAAAUUGACGUCCACUUCACUUACGAAGACUGGAAAAAGUUUUAUGAAACUACUUCGGGGGAUGAUAAUGAUCUAGUGAAACAAAUGGAAAUAGCAUUUGACUUGAUAAAUAGGAUAUUUGAAGUUCAGAUGAGGGUGGACAAAGUGCAAAAAAUAUUGAAAGAACAGAAGUUUGAUUUGCUGUUAUUAGAAGCUUGUGCCAGACCCACGUUGGUUCUGUCUCAUGUUUUCAAAGUGCCUGUGAUACUAGUGUCAUCGUUUGGUCCUCUUAUCUAUAAUUCUGAAACUAUUGGAUCAGCCAUGCAUCCUUUGCUGUACCCCGUGAAUUUUAGCCAAAGAACUAACAACCUGAGCAAGUGGGACAAAUUGGUAGAGUUGUGGAGGUUAUACAGAAUAAUGAAUGUGAUGCAACAAGGGGAGUUAGAAGAGCAGGUAAUGGGCAAAAGAUUGUUCGGACCAGAUGUACCACCGAUAAGUGAAUUGAAAAAUAACGUUGACAUGCUGUUUCUGAAUAUUCAUCCUCUAUGGGAUACGAAUCGUCCAGUUCCUCCGAGUGUAAUUUAUAUGGGUGGUUUGCAUCAGAAACCUCAAAAGGAGUUGCCUACAGAUCUCAAAAGUUAUUUGGACUCUUCAAAGAAUGGCGUGGUAUACAUUAGCUUUGGCACAAAUGUACAGCCUUCUCUGUUACCUCCAGAGAAGGUACAAAUACUGGUCAAAGUAUUCUCUGAGCUACCUUACGACGUGCUGUGGAAGUGGGACAAAGAUGAGCUCCCCGGACGUACUAGCAACAUUAGGAUAUCCAAGUGGCUGCCGCAGUCAGACCUAUUAAGACAUCCGAAAAUCAAAGUGUUCAUAACACAAGGAGGUCUACAAUCAACAGAUGAAGCUAUAACGGCAGGAGUACCUCUGAUUGGUGUUCCAAUGUUAGGCGAUCAAUGGUACAAUGUAGAAAAAUAUGUACAACAUGAGAUUGGAGUCAGGCUUGAUAUAGAAACGUUGACGGAGGAACAAUUUAAGAAUGCAAUUACUCAAGUCAUUGGGGAUAAAAAGUACCGUCAGAACAUCAAAAAGUUCGGCCAAAUCAUCCGGGACACGCCAAUAGAUCCACUUGAAAAUGCAGUAUGGUGGACGGAGCACGUGCUGCGUCACGGCGGCGCGCGACAUCUGCGCUCUCCCGCCGCCAACAUAUCGUGGGCAGAAUAUUUAGAGCUAGAACUAGUGCUUACUGUAUUAAGUGUUGUCUUAGGUUUUGUUUUGCUAUUGUCAUUUCUACUGUAUUACUCUUACAAGCAUUUUGUUUUAAGUCCGGAGCAGAAGAAGCUAAAAGAUAAUGUUCUGCACUUCAUCCACUUUCAUUUGAAUUUCGAAGACGUCAACUAUCAUGCUGAAAGCUCCUCUCAUUUGUUUGAUCAGAUCACUAUCAGCAGCCGAAGUGAUUUUAUACAAUUUCUCCCAUUCUUCAUAAGUGAAGUGGACGUCAAUUUCUGUAAGAUUAGCUGGUGCUUCUCCUUUUGGGAAGACGGGAUCUGGUGUGAUGACCGUGACUUCAUGUCCUCGCCUGGCAAGUUCUUGAGAAUCGUCAUAGUCAUCUGUAUCACUCGUAAUAUGAGGUCGCUCGCAUUUUUUGUUUUGGUUCUCACAAUAACUGAUAAUGAAGCGGCUAGAAUACUGGCAGUAUUUCCAGUGCCCUCAAUCAGUCAUCAAAUAGUAUUCCGUCCUGUUAUUCACGAACUUGCUAAGCGAGGACAUGAAGUUACUAUCAUCACUCCAGACCCAGCAUUUCCAAAUGGAGGUGGACCUGCAACUCUCAAAGAAAUCGACGUACACUUCACAUACGAAGAAUGGAAGAAGUUUUAUGAAUUCACGUCUGUCGGUGAUGACGAUCAGGUGAAACAAAUGGAAGCAGUGCUCAAAAUAAUAAUUCACAUAUUUGAAGUACAAAUGAAGGUUGAUGAAGUGCAAAAAGUUUUGAAAGAGAAGUUCGAUUUGGUGUUCAUAGAAGCUUUGGUCCGACCAGCGUUAACCCUUACACAUAUUUUCAAAGUGCCUAUUAUUCAGAUGUCUUCAUUUGGUCCUAUUAAUUUUAACACAGCUACUUUUGGAUCAGCUUGGCACCCUUUUCUGUAUCCAAUGAAUUUAAGUCAGAAGAUCAAUAAUAUGACCAUGUGGGAAAAACUGCAAGAGCUAUGGACCUUUUAUCAAAUUGAAAAGGUUUAUGAAAAACUUGAAGUAGAUGAGCACAAAAUGGCUCAACGAUUGUUUGGACCAGAUGUACCACCUUUAAAGGAGUUAAAAAAUAACGUUGAUAUGAUGUUUUUGAACAUUCACCCUCUGUGGGAUUCCAAUCGACCUGUACCUCCUAGUGUCAUUUAUAUGGGUGGAGUGCAUCAAAAACCUGAAAAGGAAUUGCCUAAAGACCUCAAAACUUACUUAGACUCCUCAAAGAAUGGUGUGAUAUACAUCAGCUUUGGUACAAAUGUGCAACCCUCACUGUUACCUCCAGAGAAGGUACAAAUACUGGUCAAAGUAUUCUCUGAGCUACCUUACGACGUGCUGUGGAAGUGGGACGAAGAUGAGCUCCCCGGACGUUCUAGCAAUAUUAGGAUAGAAAAAUGGCUGCCGCAAUCAGAUCUUUUGAGGCACCCAAAGAUCAAGGUUUACGUAAUGCAAGGAGGUCUACAAUCAACAGAUGAAGCUAUAACAGCAGGAGUACCUCUAAUUGGUUUCCCAAUGUUAGGUGAUCAAUGGUUCAACGUAGAAAAAUAUGAACAGCAUAAAAUUGGACUCAGACUUGAUCUGGAUUCGUUGACUGAAGAAAAAUUUAAAAAUGCGCUCAAUAUGGUCAUUGGAGAUGAAAGUUAUCGUCAAAACAUAAAGAAACUUGGCAAAAUACUGAACGAUGAGCCUAUGACACCGUUGGAGCGUGCGGUGUGGUGGACGGAGCACGUGCUGCGUCACGGCGGCGCGCGACAUCUGCGCUCUCCCGCCGCCAACAUGUCGUGGACAGAAUAUUUAGAGCUAGAACUAGUUCUUACUGUAUUAAGUGUUGUUCUAGUCUUUGCUUUAUCAAUUUUACUUCUAGUUUAUAAGUUGAACAAGUAUUUUAGUUUAUAUUUGAAACAGAGAAAGCUUAAAGAUCAUUAGGUUUUUUUCUUAAUU